AGUUGAGAAGUUCCAUAUCAUACUAAACAUGGAGAAAGAAGAAAAGAAAUUUGUCAAUAAAGCAGAGGAAGAUGAGAUGGAGAUUUAUGGCUAUGAUCUAUGUCGCUGGAAGUUGGUGCUAGUUAUUGUAGGAGUGAUCUGUUCUGGUGGCUUUCUUCUCCUCCUCCUCUACUGGAUGCCUCAGUGGCGUGUGAAAGCAACAUGCAAAAGGACUACGCUUAAGGACUGUGAAGUGGUUCUGCUGAGAACAACUGAUGAAUUCAAGAUAUGGUUUUGUGCAAAGGUUCGCAUUAUGCCUUCUUUGGGAGCUAAUCCUUUACAGAAUCCUAACCCUCUUGUACACAAGGUUUCAAAUGGCCAUGCUGUUCAUUUCUGUGAAUCUGCUGCAGAAGAGAAUAAAAAUGAUUUGAAAAAAUAUUUGCCUGUAAGUAAACCUGCAAUUCGUUAUUUCACACAUCACAGUGUGAAGUAUUUCUGGAACGAUUCAGUUCAAAGUUUUGAUGUUGUACGAGGUCUAGAUGAAUCUACAUUCUGUUCUUCAAUUCAUAACGAACACAGCACAGGACUGACAAAGGGAAUGCAUGAUUACAGAAAAGCAUUCUAUGGAGUAAAUGAAAUUGCUGUGAAAGUGCCUUCCAUUUUUAAGCUUCUGAUUAAGGAGGUUCUCAACCCUUUUUACAUUUUUCAGUUGUUCAGUGUGAUAUUGUGGAUCACUGAUGAAUAUCACUACUAUGCAUUAGCAAUUGUGAUCAUGUCUGUAAUAUCCAUUGUUAGCUCACUCUACACCAUUAGAAAGCAAUAUGUUAUGUUACAUGACAUGGUAGCAGCUCACAGCAUUGUCAGGGUUUCUGUCUGCAGAGGAAACCAAGAAAUAGAAGAAAUCCUUUCCACCGACCUUGUGCCUGGAGAUAUCAUGUUGAUUCCAUCUAAUGGGACAAUUAUGCCAUGUGACGCAGUACUUCUCAGUGGUACUUGCAUUGUAAAUGAAAGUAUGUUAACAGGUGAAAGUGUUCCUGUCACAAAGAUUAAUCUACCAAAUCCUUCAGAAUAUCCAAAAGCAAUGGGAGAUGAAAUAUACAGUCCAGAAGUGCAUAAACGGCAUACUUUGUUCUGUGGAACCAAUGUCAUUCAAACCCGUUUUUAUACUGGAGAAUUGGUCAAAGCUCUAGUAGUGAGAACAGGCUUUAGUACUGCUAAAGGACAGCUUGUUCGUUCCAUACUAUAUCCAAAGCCAACUGACUUUAAACUUUACAGAGAUGCCUAUUUGUUUCUCUUGUCUCUGGUAGUGGUGGCAGGCAUUGGGUUUCUUUAUACGGUUGUCAAUAGCAUCUUAAAUGAGGUUCCAGCUCAUACCAUCAUCAUCGAAUCUCUUGACAUUAUCACUAUCACGGUGCCUCCAGCACUCCCUGCUGCCAUGACUGCUGGCAUUGUUUAUGCACAAAGAAGGUUGAAAAAAAUUGGCAUCUUCUGCAUCAGCCCACAAAGGAUAAAUAUUUGUGGCCAGUUGAAUCUUGUGUGUUUUGAUAAGACUGGCACGCUUACUGAGGACGGCUUGGAUCUUUGGGGAAUUCAACGGGUGGAAAGUGCUCGUUUCCUUUUGCCGGAAGAGAGGGCUUGCAGUGAGAGCUUGCUGAAGUCCGAGUUUGUUGCUUGCAUGGCAACUUGUCAUUCCCUUACAAAAAUUGAAGGGGUACUUUCUGGGGAUCCACUUGAUUUGAAGAUGUUUGAAGCAAUAGGAUGGAUUUUAGAAGAAGCAACUGAAGAGGAAACAGCCCUUCACAAUCGAAUCAUGCCAACAGUGGUUCGACCUUCAAAACAACUUUUCCCAGAAUCCAAGCAAGCUACAAAUCAAGAAAUGGAAUUGUUUGAGCUUUCGACCAGUUAUGAGAUUGGAAUUGUGCGCCAGUUUCCUUUUUCUUCAGUUUUGCAACGUAUGUGUGUAAUAGCGAGAGUUCUAGGGGAGAAGAGAAUGGAUGCUUACAUGAAAGGUGCCCCUGAAGUGAUUGCCAGCUUGUGUAAGCAGGAAACAGUUCCUGUUGACUUUGAGUGUGUCCUGGAAGAAUACACUAAGCAGGGCUUCCGAGUUAUUGCUCUUGCUCACAGAAAAUUGGAGUCUAAGCUUACAUGGCACAAAGUCCAGACUAUUAAUAGAGAUGCUAUUGAAAGCAACAUGGAUUUUAUGGGGUUAAUUAUAAUGCAAAACAAGCUAAAGCAAGAAACCCCAGCUGUACUUGAAGAUUUGCAUAAAGCCAACAUUCGCACUGUCAUGGUUACAGGGGAUAACAUGUUAACUGCUAUCUCUGUGGCCAGAGAUUGUGGAAUGAUUCUACCUCAGGAUAAGGUCAUUAUUGCUGAAGCACUACCUCCAAAGGAUGGGCAGGCUGCCAGAAUCAACUGGCAUUAUGCAGAUACCCUCGCAAAAUGCACUAGUUCAUCACCAGCCAUAAACUCAGAGGAUAUUCCAGUUAAAUUGGUCCAUGAAAGCCUUGAGGAUCUCCAGAUGACCAAAUACCAUUUUGCAAUGAAUGGAAAGUCAUUUGCAGUGAUUUUGGAGCAUUUUCAGGACCUGGUACCCAAGCUUGUGUUACAUGGCACUGUGUUUGCUCGCAUGGCACCUGAUCAGAAAACUCAGUUGGUGGAAGCUUUACAAAAUGUAGAUUACUAUGUGGGCAUGUGUGGAGAUGGAGCAAAUGACUGUGGUGCGCUAAAGAGGGCACAUGGUGGUAUAUCUUUGUCUGAACUUGAGGCUUCUGUGGCAUCACCGUUCACUUCCAGGACACCUAGUAUUUCCUGUGUGCCAAAGCUGAUCAGGGAAGGCCGUGCUGCUUUAAUAACUUCCUUCUGUGUAUUUAAGUUCAUGGCAUUAUACAGCAUUAUCCAGUACAUCAGUGUUACUCUGCUAUAUUCUAUCCUGAGCAAUUUGGGAGAUUUCCAGUUUCUCUUCAUUGAUUUGGCAAUCAUUUUGGUGGUUGUCUUCACUAUGAGUCUGAACCCCGCUUGGAAGGAGCUUGUUGCGCGAAGGCCUCCAUCAGGUCUUAUCUCAGGUCCACUUCUGUGUUCCGUUUUGUCUCAGAUCAUCAUCUGCCUCGCUUUCCAAACCUUUGGGUUUUUUUGGGUCAAACAGCAGUCCUGGUAUGAGCCUUGGACAAUAGAAUCUGAUGCAUGUAAUGUAUUGGAUGCCACAAACACCAGCUCUUCAUACCAUGAGAAUGAGACUCUUCAUGAUGAACAUUACAUUAAAAAUUAUGAAAACACAACUUUGUUUUUUAUAUCCAGCUUUCAGUACCUCAUAGUGGCAAUUGUCUUUUCUAAAGGAAAGCCCUUUAGACAACCGUGCUACAAAAAUUUUCUGUUUGUUAUGUCUGUGAUGGUUCUUUAUGUCUUCAUAUUCUUCAUCAUGUUGCAUCCUGUUGAAUCUAUUGACACAUUCCUUGAGCUCGUGUGUGUGCCAUAUGAGUGGCGCCUAAGAAUUCUCAUCAUUGUUAUUCUCAAUGCAAUUGUGUCUGUGCUGACGGAGAAUGUCCUCCUUGAUAUGAUCCUUUGGAAGGUUGUGUUCAAUCGAGACAAACAAGGAGAAUAUCGCCUCACCAUACCCCAGCCGCCUCAGGAGGCUGUGGAUCGCUGUGGAGUCUGUUUCCUUUCUUCCCUGUUUGGCUGUAGAGAGAGGACACCAAAAGCCAAGUAUAUGCAUCUAGCUCAGGAACUGCUGGUUGAUCCAGAAUGGCCACCAAAACCCAGAACAACAACAGAAGCGAAAGUACCACCCCAAGAAAAUGGUUCAUAUCAAAUCAUCACUGUAACAUAACAGUGGAUCUUGGUGGCAUGUGUCAGAAUGUAAUUUUAAGGCUUUAUUUGAAAUUGCAGUAUACUAAAUGUCGAAUUCUAAUGCAGAUAUUUCCAACUGUUUUGUCUCUCUGAAUGCAAAGUUCAGAGCCAGACAUCUUAUGGCUAUAAAUUUUAAAAAUGUAGGUUACCUUAGGCAGAACUAAAAUGAUUGUGUUUCCUUCCACCUUCUUUCAAAUUUCAUUAUUCCUAAAUGAGAUGUAUUUGAAGGUUUAAACUGCAGGGCAGUUAAAACAGGUUCAGUUUAUUUGCCUGGAGUAUCUUAAUCAUUGUUCUAACCUGCUUACCUGGGCACAUGUUCAUGUAAACCCUACGGUGUAAUGGUUUCAUGGUAGUACUAGAGGCACAUAAUAACCUUGUCAUGCUUUUUUUUAUAUAUAUUCACUGUUGAAAAAGCUUUGUGCCUCAGAACGGUUCUAAAGUUUUGGUGUGUGUACCUCUAAGUUUGUCCCUACUAGUAAGGAGUGUUUCCAGGUGUAAAGUUUGGAUUUUAAGUUUUAAUUCUUUAGUCCGCCACAGCAGGAAUUGGGAAUGCUAUAGAAGCAAUAUGCU